AAAGAUAUAAUCAAUAACAAAAUAAUAUCUUGGUUCUCGAGAAAAACUUAAUUAAUAUUGAAAAAGUGUAAAAUAAAUACCAAUUCCAUUUGGUAUGUUUCGUGCGAUUAGUGCGAAAUGUUGUUUUUAUUGUAUAAACUAACGUGUUGAAUAGGCUAUAGCAGUUUUUGUUAUGAAGCCCGUCGAGGUAGACUUGGUGAAAAUGAUCGAAGCCAAUAAGAUACGCAAGGAGAAGAAAUUGUCAGUAAGUUCCAUCUCCAACACUCCUCCGGUCGAUCUAAAGCCCCGAGUAGUCACGGUCCAGCAGCCAGAUUCAAAAAAACUGUACACGCCGACCUCGACGGCCAAAAAAGAAAACACAAAGAAAGUGGUACAGGAUGCUACCAGAGAAAUACAAAUCUGCAUCGAAAGCUCCAAUUGGCGUUUGGACUUGAGCAAGUCGGGUCUGACAAUGGUGCCGAAUACCAUAAAAGAAGCGACACAAUUGACCGAGCUUUACUUAUACGGUAACAAAUUGACCACUUUACCGCCGGAAAUGGGGUGUCUUGUAAAUUUGCAGACGCUGGCUCUGAGUGAAAACGUUCUGACCAGUCUGCCCAAUUCGCUGGCUUAUCUCACCAGUCUAAAAGUAUUAGAUUUGCGACACAACAAACUAACUGAAAUUCCAGACGUCGUGUAUAAGCUCGACACGCUCACAACGUUAUUCUUGAGGUUCAAUCGUAUACGUAGGGUAAAUGAUGAUAUUAGCAAACUAGUCAACUUAGUCAUGCUUAGCUUGCGAGAAAAUAAAAUCAAAGAACUAUCGGCCGGAAUCGGUAAGCUGCAACGACUCAUCACGCUUGAUGUUUCCCAUAACCAUUUGGAACAUUUACCAGAAGAAAUCGGAAGCUGCAUUCAGCUUUCCACGUUGGAUCUUCAACACAACGAACUCAUCGACAUUCCCAACACAAUUGGUAAUCUUACACUAUUAACGCGACUAGGACUACGAUACAAUAGAUUGAAAGCGUUACCGAGUUCCUUGAGUAGCUGUAACCGUAUGGACGAGUUCAACGUCGAGGGCAAUAUGCUGAGCUCAUUACCCGAUGGUCUUCUUGCUAAUCUAAAAGAAAUGAGCAGUAUAUCGCUAGCCAGAAAUAGUUUUACGUCGUAUCCGACUGGCGGGCCUGCGCAAUUCAUGACGGUAGACACGAUCAGUUGUGAACAUAACAAAAUCGAUAAAAUACCUUACGGGAUAUUUUCCAAAGCCAACUACUUGACCAAGUUAACCAUGAGAGACAACGCUUUGACGUCGUUACCAUUGGAUGUGGGUUCCUGGACCACUAUGGUCGAGCUGAACUUAGCGACAAAUUUGAUUACCAAAAUACCUGACGACAUACAGUACAUGAAUUCGCUGGAGGUAUUGAUUUUGUCUAACAACUUGCUGAAACGACUGCCUGCCACAAUAGGGAACAUACAGAAACUCAGAGUGCUGGACUUGGAAGAAAACAAACUCGAAAUAUUACCUCAAGAAAUAGGCUACCUGCGAGAGCUACAAAAGUUAGUAUUACAAGCCAACCAGUUGCUGACCUUACCUCGCGCCAUUGGUCAUCUUACGAAUUUGACCCAACUGAAUGCAGCAGAAAACAAACUGACCACGUUGCCAGAAGAAAUCGGCACGUUAGAGAACUUAGAGGCUCUCUUCAUUAACGAUAAUCUAAGUCUUCAUCAUUUACCUUUUGAGCUCGCUCUUUGUUCCAAACUAAAAUUGUUGGGAAUUGACAACUGCCCUUUGAGUCAACUCGGUGAUGCCGCCAAAGGUGGACCUUCCAUAGUGAUGAGUUAUCUCAAAGUAAAUGGCCCAUACCGUACACUAUAAAGAUUUUGAUCCAAAUUCGAGACUAUGUAUAUUUAUUGCAGUGAGUUUUUUUUAGACAACUUGUUGGUAUCUUAAUUUAAACCGAUUGAUUUUAAAAAUAUUAAUGUCAAAACUACAAAAUAACGUGCUACAGCUGUAGCACAUUAUGGGUACAACCGUCCUUUAUAUUGUUUCUGUAUCAGGAUAAAAAAAAAAAAGUCUCUUUUUAUUCGUUUGACGUGAAACACUGAUUAAUUCAAAUAGUUAUUAUUUUAUUAUUAAUGUUCUUGUCAAUUGUAUCAAAUAUAAUAUAAUACUUUAUAUUUAGCCGUAAUUACUUGAAUCAAAUUCUAUUGUUUAACAAAAAGUUUAAGUCAACAUCGAUAGUGCAAACAGGAAUUUAAAGUAUGCAUUCAGAUUUAGAAUUCUAAAAUAUUCCAGAAUUUCUUUUUAUUAAUAAAAUCCAAAUUUAGAAACUAGUUAUUGAUAAUAUCUGGAUGAAUCAGACAUGUACAAAUUGUUAAAAUGAAUCGAAAUAAUAUUUUAGUAUAUUUAUCGUCCUGUUUUUUAAUGACUUACAAGAUUUAAAAAUUGUUAUUUUAAUUACUUAUAAAGUUAUAUAACAUUUAUUCAGCACAGAUAUAAGUAAAUGUGUGUUGUACCUUUUUCCACGCAAUUUAACGUAACGUAACGGUGAACUUAACGUAAGUGAACAGUGAUAAAGUUUGCAUUGUCAAAAUAUUUAUUAAAAUAUUGUUAUAUCGUCGUUUGUUAAAUUAAAACAGUUAUCAACAGCUCAUUUUGUUAAUUAUGCAAAUUUCGUUACUAUUUACACGUAAUAUUAUCUUUCGUUUAAGCACAAAAAAAUGCAUAUUUAGUGGAAAAACCAAUUUCAAUUUUUUAUAAAUCUGUGAUGUAUACAAUAUUUUUUAAGCGGAAAAAAAAAAUUAUUUUUUAUUGUACAACUUUAAGUGCUAUUUGUGACAUGUCAUUAAUGAAAACUACCAUACAAUUAAUACAAGAACA